AUGUGGCCAGAUGCCCUGGCACGUGUACUGCAGCAAGGAGAAGGCAAGAGGAUGUCACCACAGUUCAGUUCUGCACCAUAUCUCUAUCUGAACGUGGAGCUCUCAGACAAACUACCUCUCAAGAUUGGUCCUCUGCUACCUUCCCGACCCUUGGAGCCCAAUAAGAACUGUCUUCAGGGCAACAGCGAAAGAUUCACAGCGAUCAUCACGGAGUCUUUCCAAACCUUGGAGCUGAAAUUUGAGGAUAUUCUAAAAAUCCAGGGCGAGCAUAGGACAGUAUCCGACAAUAUCUUCAAGGAGCAGCAAAAAUUUAUUCGUCAGUUUCUGGGUAUUCAGAAGAAGAGGAUGGAAGAAUUUAAAGAUCUGUGUGAACAGUAUUUGGAGAAACUUGUAAUACUGAGGGAUUCUCGGGGAGAUUCCCUCAUUGAAGAGCUGAGACGUCUAAUAGCCACCUUGAAAAUAAAACUUCUGAUGCUGAAUUGCCAGAAAGAGAAUGCUGCUGGUCAACUGUCUCUCCUGGAUCUGUUAUUCUCAUAA